AACGGAUUAUAUUUGUGCUUAAUUUGCGACAAUUAUUACGACACGCUUCACAGCUUUAUAAUGCAAAUCAAGGUACAGUGGGCAUUGGGACUAUACAUUUGGCUAGUUAUUUGCCAGCUGGGCAGUUGUGUUGACGAUGAGAAUUGCCAAAAGCAAAAUAAUAUAACUAUUAAUGAGCUAAAUGCUAUUCCCAGAGAUGCAAUUGUUCAAGAUCUACCGGAACGUUUUAAAUGUUAUGCCAAAUGCAUGUUGCAGCCAAUCUUGGGCCAAGAUGGUCGCAUCAGCGUAGAACUCGCUGCUCAAACGCCGCCCUGGGACGUCCAGCCUCUGCGUAUGAAACAAUGUAAAUAUAAAUACGAGGCCAUCAACGCGCAGAAUUGUGAUUAUGCCAUUAUGGUGCUUGGCUGUUUGAUCUCAAAGUAAUUUACCAGAACGGAAGAAUUAUAUAAUGUGCUAGCUAUUUUCAAAUCAAUUAGUUCUUCUUAAA